UAUUUUCAGAGCUGCUUCGAAAUGUGCUGCAAAAUGGCAUCAUCCAAUCCCAUUUGUGAGAUCUCUUCUCUACCACUUGGAGUAGAUUCCGAGCAGAAUCCCUGACACCAUUGGACACAUUAGACACGAAUGGACACACUGGCCUUGAGUGGAAAUUCCAAGAACGGUCAGGCGUCUAGGACCCCUGAUUACAAAUGAUCACAAUUUCGAUAAAAUGAUAUGGAAUUGUAGAGAAUUAAUGGGAGGAAAAGAUAUAUUUUAUUUUCUGCAUUGUAUAUUGCUGGAAUUUUUAACAAUUACGCAAGUGGCAGGGAAAUUGAUUUGAAAAAGACAAGAAAAUAAGAUAUAUACGCGAUAAUAGAACAUCGGUAAGAACGUUAACAAAAACAGUAUCCAUAGCGAAGACGAGUACAACGUUUGCAGUCAAUAUGGUUAAUCCAGAUUUACCAGAUGUUCCGCCUCCUUUGAGAAGCAUAGAGCAAUAUUUAAAGAUAGCAGCCAGUCACGAUCAACGAGAUAAUGUUAUUAGUUAUUGGUGUCGCCUAUACGCUCUCCAAACAGGACUAAAACUUUCAACGAAGACAUUGGACGACAACAAUUUUUUACUGAAAUUAAUGGAUUGGUUAGAGACAACUAAAAAAGAAUUACGAGGGAACGAAGCCAUUUCAAACGACAUAGCUGCGCAAGCACAUAUAGAGAACUGGACUCUGAAGCUUUUUCUUUAUGCGGAUAAAAAGGAUAGAGAAGGCGACUUUAGUAGAUCUACGAUUCAAAGCUUCUUCACUGCCGGACUGCUGUACGAUAUCUUGACUGUAUUCGGUGAAUUGAGCGAGGAAGCAGCGCAAAAUAGAAAAUAUGCUAAAUGGAAGGCGACGUAUAUUCAUAAUUGCUUAAAAAAUGGAGAGACACCGGUACCCGGACCUAUAGAGGACAAUACGGAAGGUAUCGCUUCGGCUGAAGUGGAGGACGGUCUCGACGAUCAGGCAACACCAGGGGAAAGAGAAACAUCCUUAGAUUUGGACAAGACAGGUAAUGUCGUCGGCAACGACACGUUCGAUACAACGACGAAAAAUUUACCUAAGAAAGGGAGUAUGGGAGAAGGAGGCUCUGAAAUUAGAGACGACUAUCAUCCGACUACAGAAACAGAAGGAAUCGGCUUGACAUUGGAUCAAAUGAACAAGGCACAGAAAUUAAUAAAAUGGGCUGGAAGCGCUUUAAAUUACGACGAUGUACCAACAGCUGUGUUAAAUCUUCGAAAAGCUUUAAAUCUGUUGACCACCGGUCAAGAAACAGAAUGAAUUGGAUCGUUGUUUAUUCUUUCAUCGAUUAAAUGAAAAAACAUGUACGUUUAGAAUGUAACUGUUACAAAAGUAAAAAUUAUAAGUUAUUUAUUGAAUUGUUCGUGUUAUAUUACAUACAGCCACACCGAAAA